AUGGAUCGCCUUUACAAGGUGAUUUGCGCGAAUAUCAUUUGUUCCCAUCCGGACCCUGGAGGCAUCUGCGCCAAGAAGUUUCCGGCUUUGUACUUGAAGACCCAGCACGAACUGGACGCCAUUAGCACGGGGUCAAAGAGCGUCCUCGUCAUCCUGUAUAGCAUCAUCGUCAUCAUGUCUCUCGUCGGCAAUUCCCUCGUCAUCAUCACCUUCGCGUUUGACAAACACAUGCGCUCCGUCACUAACGUGUUUAUACUGUCCCUGGCGGUGGCGGAUCUUAUGGUCACGUUAACGUGCGUGCCUAUCAACCUUGGCUCUGCAUUCGCCUCGCAUUGGUUAUUUGGAGGGUUUGCCUGUAAGCUGGUUCCGUUUUUCAUGACAUUUUCUGUAGCCUUUAGUUCACUGACUCUUUGUUCAAUCGCACUGGAUCGCUACUUCGCGAUUGUCCAUCCGCACAAACUAAAGUGUCUACAGAAGCCUGCUCCAGCUACAAUAUUCCUCGUCCUAAUUUGGGUAGUAUCAUUUAUCUGCAGCGUCCCUAACGCCGUGUUCUAUACACUGAAAAAAAUCGAAUGCCGCAAAUCGGAAAAAGGAGAGGACUUAUUUAUGUGCGUGUGGCCAGAUAAUGUGUACAAACUUCCUUUGGAACUGUGGCUUACACUUGUGGUGCUGUUUUUCAUUCCCCUCGUCAUAAUGUCUACCACCUACGGGCUGAUCGGCUACCAUCUGUGGAUUCGGAAGUCCAUAGGUGGGAGCCGCCGCAAUUCACUACGGAACGCCGACAUGAAGAAGAGCGUCAUCAAGAUGCUGGUAAUUGUCAUGCUGGCAUUUAUAGUCUGUUGGAGUCCCAUCAUGGUGCUCAACUCUGUCGAGAAGAUGCUUGACAGCGCGGAGCUCGACCAGACCGUCAUGGUGUACCUGAAACUCUACUUCCAAUGCCUGGGCAUGGCCAGCUGCUGUAUCAACCCCGUUAUCUACACAUUCAUGAACAAGAAGUUUCGAGAAAAGUUCACCAAGUACCUCCUUUGCUGCCGGAAGCGCAGGGUCGGGGUGCUCGCAGGCUCCAAUGUCACGCAGAUAAUCAGGGAUCAUGCGGACAGCACGGUGGGCGCGAAAACCACACAGCGGAUGAGCAUGGGGAAUAUCAUGCCGCGCACUUGUUAG